AUGGGUUAAGAAAAUUCAAACGCAAAACUAAGUUAAAAUAUUAUUGUAUUUGGAGUCAACUUGUUACUUGAUGAGAAACUCAUGGGUUCUGAAUGGUAGAAAGAUUAAAGUACUAAAUAUUUACUUAUUCAUUUUUAUAGUUAAUUGGUGUCAGGAUUUUACAUUGUACAAAAAUAUUAGUGAAAAACCUAAUCAAUUAUUGUGGUGUCCAAAAUAAUGUGAAAUAUUACAAUAAACAAUUGAAUCUAUAAUAUUAAAUAUAGAAUUUGAAGGAGUACUUUAUGUUUUUGAACACACUCAAGAUCAAAAGAUAUUAGGUGAUCAUAAAAAAUUGAUUAAAUGGUUAAUGAGUGAAGAUUCUAUGAGAUAAUGCUCACUUGUUCUAUUGUGUAUCUCUAAAUCUAAUGAUUUAGCAACCAAUAUAAAAUCUUAAAUGGAAAUAGAAUUAGAUCUAGAAUCUAUGGAUUCUAAAUAAGCAAGGAAUUUAAUCAUUAAAUAAAAAGAUAAGGAAACCAAUUUAUAGUUUAAGAAAAUUAUUUCACAAUUGAUUAAAAUGAAGAAUGAUUCUUGA